AGACUAGACUAGACUAGACUAGACUAGACUAGUGGGGCGAUGAGAGACUACUCUCGGUAUUCGCAGACUCCGACGAAGACCAAGCACAAGACGAAUCAGAAUCGGUCCCCUCCUUCGGCUAAUUCAGCUCCUCCCUCUGCCAACCACGUCAGCCACAUCAACACUAAUAAUACUCCCAAUGGCAUCCACAAUAACCACAGCAACAACAAUCCUCAUGCUAUAAGUGCUCACAGUCCAGCCAAUUCCUCCGUGGCCAGUUAUCCCGUCACUUCGGGGACCACGAGCAGCAGUACCAACACGAGCAAUCACCUCCAUCAUCAUCAUGACCAUGUCUCAGUCUAUAGGCAACAUCCCACUACUGUCACCCAGUCACAAGUGGCAGUUCUCAAUAGACAUCACCAGCAACAGCAUCAUCAACAGCAACACCAACACCAACAUCAUCCCACAGCCGCCAAACCACUGCAUCACCAACAACAGCAGCAGCACUCGCAACAGCAAAAGAGAGAUGCCGGGUCUAUCAGUACGGCUGCCACUCAAUCUAGCAAUGAUCAUUCACCCAGAAGUAACAGCAGCGAUGAUCCCCAACAACAACAGCAGCAGCAACAACCAUACCCCAACAAUCGACAGCCACAACACAACAAGUCUCCACAGCACCAUGCUACCUAUCCCUCGCAAUACAGUCAACAACAAUCUCCUCCUCAUUUGCAUCACUUGCAACUCUUGCAUCAACAGCACCACUCGAUGACGAAUGCUACAACUCCUACUUCACAACAACAACCACAACAUGCACCCCGCGACUUGAACUGCCUCACACCCGCCGAUGCACUCAGUCUCAAACGAGAUGGCCCCGAAGCCACCAUUGUACAGUUGCGACAAUCACUCGAAGAAGCACGCUUACGAGAUGCCGCUGAAAAAUCCAAUCUCGCCAAAUCGGAUGCCACCAUUUUGGAGUUGCGGUCCAGUGUUCGACAACUCAAACGACAACUCGAAAAACUCGAUACCGAUGCCCGACAAAAACACGCCGAUUUGCAAGUCGCCAAACAACAAUUGCAGGCACUCAAACAACAAAAACACGACAACAUGAACUCUCUCUCCAAGGAAGGCACGGUGGGAGAACUGCAAGUACAGUUGGAUCGAGCGCAUGCUCAAAUACUCACUGCCGACAUGGUACGCAAGGAACUCGAAGAUACACUGGAAGCCGAACAGUACACGUGGGAAUUACGAGUGCAAGAUCAAGAACGAACCAUUGUCGAAUUGCAACAAGAAGCGGGGGUGUUGCAGGAAGAUUUGGAGCAGUGUCGCCAACAGUGGAAACAAGCCGACGAAGAAUGGACCCACAAGGUACAACAGCUCGAACUAUCGUUGAGGGAGGGGAACAGCAAUGUGCAACUAAAGGACAAACUACGACAAGUAGAAGAAGAACGCAACGAACUGCAAACAUGCUUGGAUGAAGCCUUGCAAGAACUCGAAGCGGUCGAUGCCGAACUGGGGAAUAAUAACAACAACAACUCGACCGAACUGCAACAAUUACGACAUGAAAAUCAACGGCUCCAAGAAACGGUGCAACAACAGCGUGCCUUGCAACAGGCGCAACAAUUGCAACAAGGUGAUGCCGAUUUUGAUACGCUAGAAGGUCUACAACAUUUGUACAGAUGGUUACUCGAACGGUCGCAAGAAGGAGGGGAAGAAAAGAAGAAUGACACCAUGCCGCAAACUAGUCCGGAACUACUCGAUGCCAUUCAUCGUGUCUUGGAAACCAUGCCCAGCAUGACAAGUGACCGCCAUCAUCACGACGGGCAGCACAAGGUGCCGGAACUAGAAGCACAAAUCAGGGCAUACCACGCAGACUUGCAAGCUCGGGAUCAAGCCGGCGUCGAACUUCGAACGAAUCUGCAAGAAGCGGUCGCAUUGAUCAAGCCGUUGCAAGAUGCGGUGGACAAGGCAAACCAACAAAAGGCCGACUUGCAGCAAGAGAUUGAACGAUUGCGGGCCGAUCACGAGAUGGAAGCCAAGGAAAUGCAAGACGAGUUGCGCAUGUGCCAGGAAAAUCUGAGACAAAGAGAGCAAGAAUGCGAUCAGUUGCAUCAUGAUAUUCAUCGCUUACAGAUUGAAGUGGAAGAUGCCAAGGGGUUGGCGCAAGCACGCCAGACAUUGCAGGGAUUGUCUCCCACGGCGGCAGCGGCUGCAGCCGCGGCGGCCAAGAUUCGCCCUCCUUUGGAACAACCGCAAGAGUUGUCGUCGCUUAGCAAGGCUAGGGCCGAUCUCAAGGCCAAACGCGCGCAAGAGCAAACCCUUCGUUCUCUCUUGCAAGAUGCUCAAAAUCGGUUUCAUUCUCUGAAUCAACAGAAUCAGAAUGUCGAAGCAAUGAAUCAACAAUUGCAAGGGCGAUUGCGGGACGUGCAGGAGCAUAGUGGCGACGGUGUCGCGGGCGACGUUGACCAUGUUCAAGACCUCGAGCAGCAACUGUCUACACUCAAGGCAUCGUUGGAGGAGAAAUCACGAGAAAUUGAAAGGCUCACGGAGCAAGCGCAACAUCCGAGCGCAGAGAUGACCCAGCGAACGCAAGAGCUCGAGACACAGUUGACCAAGACGGAAAACGAACUGAAGCACAAGCUGCAAUCUGAAAAAAUCUUGAACAAGAGUUUGAAGGAAGCCUUGGGUCUGCUGAAGCCACUGAAGAAUCAUCUGGAGGAAGCCGAGGCUGAAAACAAGGAAAUGUCCAAGGAAGUAAAGAUGCUGCGGCGGAAGAUAACUUCAAUGGAGAUUAGUGGCAUGGGCACUGUUCUGGCGUCACCGAAUGGCGUCAACCAUUCCAACAACCAGAGCCCACAAGGCGCUGAAGAUACUCCUGUCUCAAGCAAUCAGUCAGACGAAAAGAUUAUCCGAGAAAAGGAACAACUUGAAGAAACGGUGAGGCACCUGGAGCAGGAGAAUUCGCAGCUGCAUGAUGCAUUGGACGAGCUCUCGCGGAUGAACAAUGGCAACUUGAAUUCUGGCAAUGCGAACAAUAUUGGCGCUUCCAUGGUUAGCGGCAAAGCCGAAAACCGACUCAACCAAGAGAUUGUGGAGUUGAAGAGCCGGUACGAAGUUACGCAAAGUCGCCUCGAAGACGCCUACGUGGAAAACCACACUCUUGUGGAGGCGUUGAAGGAGAAGGAAGAAUCCGAGAAGGACGCUAUUGAAGGUAUGCGCAUCCUCAGGGAGAAACUGAGAAAGACGGAAAUGGACUUGCAAAAUGCCAAGUACAUUGCAACCAGUGCGUUGGUCAAAGUAGAGCAUUCGAAAAGCCUUGAAAACAACAUCAGUAUGAACAGCGCGUUCGAAACCGAGUCACAUACGGUUCUUUCACUCGAAGAAAAAGCGAUCGAGUUGGAUCUAAUGGCAGCUGCUGGGCUUUCUCCAACGUCAUCGGCUCAGUCGCCGAAGAACGGCCCAAAACCGAGGCAGUUUCAUCCGAAUCAACAUCAACAUCAUCCUCAACAACAGCAACAGCCAUACAGCUUUGUCAGCAGUGGGGGGCAACCGAAUAUCCACAAACAUGGUGGCGGCACCAAUGGCCAAUCCAAUGGUUGGGCGGGGAAACGGUCGCGGCUGGCAGACUUCUGAAUCUUUUCUAACUUAGACUAUAGAGAUUAUCGCACUGGAUUAAUAAUACAUAUGUGGCAAGUGUGUUGGCAAAUAACGAGACCCAAACCGGUACGAUUCAACAUCCUCCCAAUUGGCCGUCUCAUGGUGACAACGUACCAGCUAGCUAGCCAUCAAGCUACAAAUCGGCACAGGGGAGAUGUCACCCAGUGACACCCACCUCCAGAGCACUAGACGAUCUCGUAGAUGAGUGUAGACCCAAGAAUCUUGCACAGGGUUUCGCCGAGGCGGGGAAUGGGUUAGUCCACUUCCUGCCCAGGUUGAUAGCAAGUUUUGGCCGCUGCUCAUGCAUGCAACUCUAAUGAGACAGUUUCCUGGUGUACACAUACAUGUUGUACUCGGCUAACACAAGAAAGGGCAACAUCACCUCCGCGUUCACGGCAAAGAGUUGUCAUUCGCCUUGUUCUAAAUAAUGUCAUGGCCCACAACAUCAAGUACUUUAUUGCAAGAUUAGGCACUGAUCUAUGCGUGGCUCAAUUUGAUAAGACAGGAACAAGCUCGGAUUGGAUCUGCAGCCUUGGUACAGGGAUUGUUCAUGCCACCCGGUAUUGCGGCAAAGAAGCUUGUCUUGGAUUCAUCGUCCAGAGAGGGGCUCCACUGGGAUGUUUUAGAUCUACUGCUGAAUGCUUUUCUCAGUAUAUCCCCUGUCUUCGCCAAACCAUGCCUGGGAUGGCCUUGUAGUUGGGCAAAGCGUUGGGGACAGCCCCCAGAUCGCAUGUUAGCAGCUGCUGGAAAUUUGGAGCUGAGACAAAUGAGCAUAUCUGCUUCACUCAUCACUAUCAAGUCAGUGAAGGCACUGAUUGAUGUGUCUACCUUUUCGUCAUAGUUUGUUGCCAUUCCUCCUAGGUAAUUGUGUCCAAUGCGACCUUCAUGCCAGACUACAGGUCCCACCACCCUUGUUUGAAGCAAAUGUUGCACGUACUUUCGAAUCCCUGGGGCAUCACUGGCAACAUACAAUCUCCAUUUCCCAGUACCCCCAAAAGCACGAUCUGCAGCAGCUGCAGCAUCCAACAGCAUGUCCUUCAAUGCCACAUCACUGACGGCAUGGAAAGCCACGUCAACAGGAAACUGAUCCCGAUAAUCUUGGCAGGAUCCCAAGGCAUCCCAUCCAUUUUUGUUCCUUUGCAUUUCAUCACUCCAUCCAGUCCGUAGAUGAAUGGCUACAAGUGGAUACUGUUUGCCAGCUAUUUCAGGAUGUUGUCGAUAUUUUUCUUGGAUAAUGUGCACCUUUUCUGCCACUGCUUCUCUUGGUUGAGUAAUGGCAUAUGUGAUGCAUUUAGCAUUUUGAUCUCUCCAAAGGUUGCUACUUGCCACAACCACGGUGGGUUCUUUGACAUAAUCCAAAAGUCGAAAUAGAAAUGUGCCAGGCAGGACUGUGGGCCUGAUUGGCAUGUCCUUGAUUAUUGGAGCACAAUCUGGUUUUUCUUUCAUCAGCUCAGAGGCAACCUUCACGUAGGUAACCUCCAAUGAAUUUCCAAUUCCAUGAUUGUUCAAGACAUCAUCUUUGAUUGAUGUACAUGUGGCUGGCCUGGGAUGGCAUACAGUUUGAAAGGCAGACUGAAGAUCACAAGGAGUCCAGUCAGACCAAGGAUCAUCAAUCUUCUGCAGCUCUUUGGGUGCAUAUGUGUACUCAUAGCGAAAGCUGGGAUUCCCGUUGGAAACGCCGUUUUGGGUGUGCAGAUCUGGCUGUUGCUGUUGUUGUACCGGUAGUAUGGGGGCAUUAUCAUGCUGUGGUUUGUCAACGGCGGGAUCCUUCAGUUCCCUCUUGAUGGUGGCAUCUACUACCGGUAGGUCCGCAUCGACCUGUGAUGUAGCAAUAUGUGUCAAAUCUUUUUUCUUGCGUAGUUUUGUCCCCAAUUCACUCUUGUCAAGGUCGAAUGAAAAGUCCACAUUAUAGGCCACGAAGACGGUUCCACUAACAACCGCACAGAGCAACCAAACACGAUAAUCCAAUCCAAACGGUCGCCACAAGUAAUGGUUCUUCUUUCGCCGCAACGGUAUCCCUCGGAUCUUGGAUCUUGAUACAACUUGGACCAUCACUCCUCUACCAGAUAAUUGUUGCGGUACAUGGAUGUCUUUGUGUCACCGCAUUGCAGUCUACCACCGUAUACGGCACAAGGCAACUUGGCUCUCGCUCCUCGAGCAUGUACUGGUACUUCAUGAAACCCCCACUUCAUUCAUCAUGGCAGAGGAUGGAGACCGGUACGUUCUGUACCGCUGGACACACGACUGAGCUCGUGACUCGUCCGGUAUCGACCGUUCCCCACUGCGAUCCGCGCAGAGUUGAUCGAAAAGUUGCAUCAGAAGGUCCGCGAUCUGUCCCGGUCCAGGCAAAAUGGGAAUAUUUAUUUGAACAAGAAAGAGCAUGCUGCAGAGCUUUGUGUGGCUUUGGGGAUGGACUCCAAGGUGGUGAACAUCCGGUUUCAACUCAUUGAAAAUCUCGAACUGGGGUUUCCUUCUUUGAAAACCCGCAAGACUCCUAUUCUCCACUCUAUUCACCAUGUCAUCAACACUAUUCAUGUGAACAAUCCUUUCGGAGAGGACAAGGACAUGGAUGAAAUGAUCCAUGAGAACUACCGUGGAAAAGACUGGCUCUCUUACUUGGGUGUCCAAUGGGGCACUCCUCUCCGAUUUAUUGUGAAAGCGGAAAAAGUCCAAAGCAUAAUGAAUGGGCGCUUUGUCUUCAAAAAUGGCUUUUUUGUGCAUGGCACCACUGCGAAUAUUUUGAAAGACAUAGAGAAGGAGGAUGGGAGACUCCUGUUAUCCGGCAAAUCAGGUAGCGACAAACAUGAUUUUGGGCCCGGGUUCUACUGAUUCAAGAAUGAAUAUUUGUGGGCAUUGUCUUUCGCCGUUGACCGCUGCUGGCCCUUCAUUUCAGAAGACGAAGACGGCACACCCAUUGUAGCGAGUUGUAAUCCUUCCAUCAUUCUGUUUCCCGAGCAUGAUCAUACAAUUUUCAGCGCAAACAAUAAAAACAAAUCAAAGAAGAUUUGCGGUCCGCCAAUCAAACAGGAGGAAUUGAAGGAUUUGGUUAUGGAGGACAAAAGAGACAAGGUGGAAUUUGAAAAGUGCAGAAUGAAAUGGAAAAACGACAAGGAGCUGGGUCUUUCCAAGCUGCAGCUGGCCUACGGACCACCGGUGAUGCCAAGUUCGGCGCAGGGUUAUAGUGUGUAUUAUGGCAAAAUGCAUAGUUGUGACCAUGAACUAACUUUGGGCCGCUCUCUACCGGAGCAACUAAAGUAGCGACUAAGCCAUAUUUCAUAGUUUAGUCGAUAGUUUAGUCUCUGGGGGGUGCCUCAAACCAACUCCAUUUAACUUAUUAAAUCCCCAACCACCGGAAAUGAAGCUCUAGUUUGAUCGCUAAAAGCAAUCAACGAAGUUGAAAAAGGUGCCACAAUUGGAUAACCAGGCGGUUGCGAGCGGUUGAGAGUGGUCGAGAGCGGUCGCGUGGUUGAAAGCGGUAAUAAAGCGGUAAAAAAGGCGGUAUAAUGAGCGGUUGAGGUCGUUCAAGGGCGGUAGAAAGCGGUUGAAGGUGGCAAAAUAUGGUUGAAAGUGAUUAAAGUGAAAAAGAGGCUAAAUGGGUCCAGCCCAAAAUAUACUUAGGAAGGUGGGAUAAGAUACUGGGAGCCAUACAGAGUUGGUUUGAGGCACCCCCCUGGGGGUGGUGUCUACCCAAGCGACUAAACGUCGUACGGACUAAAGGCUUUAGUCCUUACGCUCGUUCACCGACUAAAGGGAGGCUGGUUAGUCCGUGAGCGAGCGUAAGGACUAAAGCUUGUUUAAGAACAGCAAAAAAAACAUCCAACAGAAAACAAUACAACUGCAUGCCACCGAGUUGGAUAACAAAUUCCACACUCCUAGCCUCACUAUUAGGCCAUCGAAUCAGUGCCAAUAGAGGAGAGGUGCAAACGAUCGAAUGAAUGAUCGAACGAUUGAAUGAUAGUAGAGGUGCAAACGAUCGAACGAUCGAAGAGGAGUAUCGAACGAUCGAAGAGGAGUAUCGGCCGCACCUCUAUCGCACUUUAUCAAGACAGUCUUCGGUUGAGAAUAGAAAGCCAUCCCUCAUUGCAGACUAUGGAGUGCGGGAUGGCUUUCUAUUCUCAACUGAGGUGCGAUCGAC